UAGCAGCAGUGAUUCAUAAAUUUUCCACAAAUCUGGGCAGGCGACGGAUUUGACUUUGAAGUGACCAAAAUUUGACGCAUUCGAAGUUGAACAUCCGCUAUAGGGAACGUCGUCACUCACAGUAAAUUGUGUGAGCGACAGUAGGGGCAAUGUGAUGGGUUCGUAAGGAACGGCUGCAAGCGCGGAGACGUCUAUAAAAACCAUGGGAGGAUUGAAGCCCGUAGGAGUGGCGAAUACUUGUGUUGCAAAUGGCUACUUGUUCCUCUUACUCCGCGGCAGCAGGCGAAAGGAGCGAGGUGGGAGGCACGAAGAAACCCUUUCGGGUGUUCUUUAUCCCCUUUUUUGCCUCGGGCCACAUGAUCCCUAUGGUGGACCUCGCCUGCCUCUUCGCAGCCCGCCCCGGCGUCGAGCCCACCCUCGUGCUCACCCCCGCCAACGCCGCCCUCGUUCGCCCCACCCUCGACCGCUCCGCUGCCGCCGGCCGUCCCGUCGGGCUCCUCCUCUUUCCGUUCCCCUCCGUCGGCCUCCCUGACGGCGUCGAGAACCUCGCCACCGCCCCUGCCUCCGAGUCCUGGCGCGUGUAUAAGGCCGUCGACCUCGCCCAGACCGCUCACGAGGAGAUCCUCCGUCGCCAUCGCCCCGACGCCGUCGUCGCCGACAUCCCUUACUGGUGGACCACCGCCAUCGCCGCCGACCUUGGCAUUCCACGCGUUACCUUCCAUGCCGUCGGGGUGUUUCCCCAGCUCGUGAUGAACAACCUCUUCCGCUUGCGAUCGGAGAUCCAGGAGCGUCAGGUCGUCGCCGUCCCGGAUCUGCCGGGCCGGCCCAUCGAGAUCCCGCGCGCCGAGCUGCCCGAGUUCUUGUUGGAGCAGAACCACAUGAGCGACACAUGGGACCGGAUGAAGAAGGCGCAGCUGACCUGUCACGGCGUGGUGGUCAACACCUUCUACGGGUUCGAGCCGGAGUACUGUGACGACUACCGUCGGGUGGAUGCCCGGCAGGCCUGGUUCGUGGGACCCGUCGCGCUUGCCUCGUGCGGCGGCGUCGAAAGGGGUGGUGGCACGGCGGCAAAGGAGGAUGGCGGCCGAUGCAUGGCAUGGUUGGACACGAGGGAGGAAGGGUCGGUGCUGUUCGUUUGCUUCGGGAGCUGGUGCCACUUCACAGCGGCGCAGCUCAGGGAGCUGGCAGCGGGGCUGGAGGCGUCGGGCCAGCCGUUCCUCUGGGCAGUUAGAAAGGACGGGGACGGCUCCGAGGAAGAGAGUAAUUGGAUGCCGGAGGGAUGGGAGGACAGGGUGGCCGGGCGAGGCCUGGUGGUGAGGGGGUGGGCGCCGCAGGUGGCCAUCCUGGGCCACAGGGCGGUGGGGGCGUUCCUGAGCCACUGCGGGUGGAACUCGGUGCUGGAGGCUGUCGCGGCGGGGAAACCGAUGCUGACGUGGCCGCUGGUGUUCGAGCAGUUCAUCAACGAGAGGCUGGUGGUUGAGGUGGCGGGGGCAGGGAAGCGGGUGUGGGAGGGGCAGCGGAGCGUGGCAGAACACGAGAAGACUGUGGUGCCUGGGGAAGCAAUCGCGAGGAAGGUGUCCGGGUUCAUGAAGGCGGGAGGGGAGGGGGAGACGGCAAGGAAAAAGGCCAUGGAGCUGUCAGUGGCGGCGAGGGCGGCGGUGGCGAAGGGCGGAUCAUCGCACCGGGAUCUCGAUAGCCUGAUCGACGAGCUGCUUGCCACCCGCGUAGGGAACACACAGCAGGACACCGCAGCGAUAGAAGUUUGACCGAGUCGUGAGCCGAAGCUUCCGUUAUCAUCCGAUCUGUCAAAUAAAUUUCAUGUGGUCUCUCUAAUUCUACAAUGUCCAAUCUUUGUUGUAUCAAAUAAAUGUCAAUUUAAGUUUCGGCCACCCGAUCUGAUCGUGAAAAGUGACCUAAGGAAUAUUUUUAA